CUCCUCCUCCUCCUCCCAUGUGCCAGGCUCCCUCCGUGCAUGAAGUAGCCCAGUAGUUUGUUGUAAAACAUCUCCAGUGCAUCACCAUCCAGACGGACGCCGUAGUGGGGAUAAGGGAGCACACCGUAACCUCCCGAGGGAACCGAGGACCGGAGAAAGAGCCCAGGCAUCGCCGAGGGAGAACCUUUUUUCCAGGGCGAUGGUGGUCCCGUACGAGGGCCAGUCCUUCUCCACGCUGAGGAGCCAGUGUCGGGAGGGGGGCCGUCUGUUUGAGGACCCGCUGUUCCCCGCCGCCGACCGCUCCCUCUUCUACGAGGACAACAGCAUCGGCCGAGUGACAUGGAAAAGACCCAAGGAGCUAUGCAGUGACCCCCAUCUCUUCGUGGAUGGACUCAGUGCCCACGACCUGCACCAGGGCCAGCUGGGCAACUGCUGGUUCGUGGCGGCCUGCUCCAGCCUGGCGUCCAGGGAGGCGCUGUGGCAGAAGGUGAUCCCGGACUGGAAGGACCAGGAGUGGGACGCGGAGAAGCCAGAGGCCUACGCCGGCAUCUUCCACUUCCGCUUCUGGCGCUUCGGGGACUGGGUGGACGUGGUGGUGGACGACCGGCUGCCCACCGUCAACGACCAGCUGGUGUACGGCCACUCCAACGACCCCAACGAGUUCUGGAGCGCGCUGGUGGAGAAGGCCUACGCCAAGAUGUUCGGCUGCUACGAGGCCCUGGACGGGGGCAACACGGCGGACGCCCUGGUGGACUUCACGGGGGGGGUCUCUGAGCCCGUGGACCUGCUGGAGAGCGGCAGCCGGGAGGCGGACCCCGAGAAGCGCGCCGAGCUGUUUGACAGGGUGCUGAAGGUGCACAGCAGGGGGGGGCUCAUCAGCUGCUCCAUCAAGGCCACCACGGCCUCGGACAUGGAGGCGCGGCUGGACUGCGGGCUGGUGAAGGGCCACGCCUACGCGGUGACGGACGUGCGGCGGGUGCGUCUGGGCAGCGGCCUGCUGGCCUUCUUCAAGGCGGAGAAGCUGGACAUGAUCCGCAUGAGGAACCCCUGGGGCCAGCGCGAGUGGAACGGCCCCUGGAGCGACAGCUCGGAGGAGUGGCAGAAGGUCAGCAAGAGCGAGCGGGAGAGCAUGGGCGUCACCGUGCAGGACGAUGGGGAGUUCUGGAUGAUGUUUGAUGACUUCCUGGCUAACUUCACGGACCUGAUCCUGUGCCGUCUGAUCAACACCUCCUACCUGAGCUUCCACAAGACCUGGGAGGAGGCGGUGCUGAGCGGGUCCUGGAGUCGCCACGACGAUCCGCUGUCCAACCGCGCCGGCGGCUGCCUCAACAACAAGCUCAGCUACAUGCAGAACCCGCAGUACGUGUUUGACGUGAAGAAGCCAGAGGACGAGGUGCUGGUGUGUCUGCAGCAGAGGGACCGCAGAGCGACACUGAGGGAGGGUCGAGGGGAGAACCUGGCCGUGGGCUUCGACAUUCAGAGGGUGGAGCUGAACAGGUUGUACCGGAUGCACACGUCCCAGCAGAAGGUGGCGGGCAGCACCUACAUCAACUCCCGCAGCGUGUUCACGCGCGUGGACCUGAAGGAGGGCCGCUACAUCGUCCUCCCCACCACCUUCGACCCCGCCCUGGAGGGGGAGUUCCUGCUCAGGCUCUUCAGCGACGUUCCCGCCGACUGCAAGGAGCUGACAGUGGACCAGCCCGCCCAGACCUGCUGGUCGGGGAUGUGUGGGUACCCCACCCUGGUCACCAUGGUCCACGUGCACCAGGCGGACGGGCUGGCAGGCCAGGACUCUGACGGAGUCUCAGACCCCUAUGUGAUCAUCCGCUGUGAGGGGAAGAAGGUUCGCUCCCCGGUGCAUAAGGACACCCGGAGCCCCGUGUUCGACACCAAGGCUCUCUUCUACCGCAAGAAGGAGCGCCAGGCCAUCAGCAUAGAGGUCUACAACCAUAACGUGAUUAAGGAUUCCUUCCUGGGUCAGGUGACCCUGACGGCUGAACCCAGUGAGCUCAUGCAGCACACCGUCCACCUGAGGGACAAGGGCAAUAACCGUGACAACGACCUCCCAGGGACCCUCACCGUCUCCUUGGUGACCAGCAGUAUGCUCACCGGCAUCUGAGGCAGGAAGUGAGGAGGAAGGAACGAUGAAGAACGCAGUCAAAUAAUUUUACCAUGAAUAAAUAUGGCGAAUGUUUACUUCUUAAAAAUAUUGUUGAUCCAAAGAAAUAGGGUUUGGGUUAAAAUGUUGUUAAUUGAAACAUAUGGGGUAAAUUUACUCUCUAUAUAAUGAAUAGAACAUAUAUAUUAUGUGUAUAUUUAAAGAUACAUUUCCUCUCAUCACAUCUGUAAUGUGAUGUCUGCUUUACAUUCAAAAUCAAACUAUUUCAAAAACCAAACUUUUGAAAUAGUUAGAAUUUUCAACGGAAGACACAUGCCUACUAAAACGUUUACUAGAUACAACAGCCAGAAAACACGUGCGGGAGACAUGUCCCCACUGGCCAGAAGAUGACCUUUCUUCUGCCAUCGCUUUUUUAAUUCGUCGCCGUAAAAGACCAGUCAGUGUCUUCCAUUCUGAACGCACAGAGGCCUCUCCCUGCUUUCUGAUUGGAAGGAACAGAGACUGGUCCUACAAGAGAAGAGACACAUUACAGUGUCGCCUUACUACAUUAUUUCAUUGAAGUAAACUUCCUCCAUCUAUUAAAACCCACACCGAGCAUCUCCACCGGAGCCUUAACGGAAGCUGAACAUUGCGUUGUUUACACCGUUAACAUGUGAAUGUCUUAAGACUCAAAGGCGAAAACAGAGCUUCCAAAUGCUUCAAGUGGGUUGCUUUGUGCUGCAUUGUGCCAAGAUAGUUUUUUCUAGUAGUUUCUGAUCUCAAGGAUUGCCUUAUGAAUCGCCGCGGCAACGAUUCAGCACCUUUUUAACUCCUAAAGGCAACGAUACAGCACCUUUUUAAUCAUUAAGGGAAACAAUGAGGAAGCUUAUUAAUUGCCACGGGCAACGGUACCGAACCUCCACCAAAGAAACAAUAUACAAACUCAUCAAUCGCCAAGGAAACAGUAUAGAAACUCAUUUAUCGCAAAGGAAACCGUAUAGUAGAACCUCAUUAAUCGCCAAGGAAACAAUAUAGAAACUUAUCAAUCGCCAAUGAAACAGUAUAGAAACUCAUCAAUCGACAAAGAAACAAUAUAGAAACUCACUCAUCACCAAGGAAACAAUAUAGAAACUCAUUAAUUGCCACAACUUACCACAACUUACUUUUUGUCCACAGAGGUCAACAGUACCAAGAGUGCCUGCAUAACCCAGAGACACAGAACUUAACCACUAAUGCUGGUGGUCUCGUUAGUGCCUUGCUACUAGCCAAAUCUUGCAUUGACUCAGUUGCCGUGGCUGGCCACUAGAUGGCAGUAGAGACGCAGGAGUGUAAUUGAACCCUGGAACAGCCUUAUACAGCCUUUUAAUUCUAAAGUUUCAAAAAUAUUAACUGUCUUUUCACUUGUCCACUUUUGACAUGUAAUAACCCCGUAUGAAUCCUUUUAUUGUACUGCUCAAAAAAACAGGAGACUUAAGGGGUCAUACACUAAAUAUUUAUCCACUAGAGCUCAAGUAUCGGACCAAACUGUAUAUUAAAUGUCAUUAGUAUCACUUUACAGUGUAACAUGUAUUGUACCACUAUAUAAUAAUAACAAUAAUUCAAGUUUCUUAUUCUGUAGAUAGAUAUUUAGAAUGCAUACGUUUACAAAAUAUAAAUGAGAGUCUUAUUGUAUGUACCGUCAUCGUUUACUAGUUUGCCUCGCUUUGAUAAUGUUUACGACAAACUGUGUUAUAGGUUGUUCAUUGAGGCAUAGACCAACCAAACAACAUCUUAUAAAAGUCUUUAAAAGUGAA